AUGGAAUCAUUACAAACGGCGCACCAACAUGCAGCAAAUGCAGAGGAUUACCGCAGCCAAGGGUUGCUCAUCCCAGCUUCAGAAGAACACAUGAAAGCCGCAGAAGCAUUUCACGCUUGCGAAGAGAAGUCACAGGACGCAAACACAAAGACGACGCUCCGUAUGCUAUACAAUGAACAUGUAAAAGCCGGAAAGGAGCUACAGAGGAGAAUUGCGAAACUUCGUGAAGAAAAUCAGGACCCUACCCUGCCGCAAAAGACUAUGCCGAGGCAUGCACAGGUUCAUACGCACAAGAAUGGAGGCGGCUCAAAUGUCUUCCCUCACGCGCCCGCUCCUGCACCCUCCGUCCCACUGCAUGCUAGUGCUAGUAGUUCGAGUCGAUUAUUAGACUCCCACAAUAACGUCGACGAAUCAUUCAUGGUGCUUGGGCAACAGUCUGAUCCGGGUGAUGCCUUCAAUAACUUUUGGAGAAUCAUGGAGGGGAUGCUUGACAAUUUAUCUCAGCCAGUUGCUUUCGCCACAGCCCCUUUGGGUACCGAACCGCCCCCGUCGGGAAAGAAAAGCUCGCGGCGGGACGGGAGCUCAAGUAGUGACGCCGAUAUCGAACAGCCCCACACUUCUACCUUUUUUACACGGCUGGGAUUAGAUGGUAAAUUUAAGUCCAAAGUGGAUACCUUGCUUGAGGAAACGGAUGAGGAAGUAUUUGCGGAUGAAGGUAACGAGCUAUCAGAAUCCUUUUACAUGAUUCCAUCGGACUCGGAACCAUCUCGGUCGGACUUGAAGAAAGAAAAUGGAUCUCUGAAGCAAGAGCUUGAGGCGAUGUCAAAACGGUUGGCAGCCGCUGAGCGGAUCAUGCAGCUGCGCAAGGAACAAGACCAACAAUUACGCGAAAGCAUUGUGAUGGCGCGACACCAGGCACAGCGAGCAAUGGGUGCCUCGACGGUAAUAACAAGGCAAUCCGGGCAACAACCGGUAGUAGACCUCAGUGCUCUGAAUAUCAAUUUACCAGCUGUUCCAGCACCAGUGACAGCAUUGAACGUUGGCCGUGAUCGGGAGGCACAACUACUUAGUCGCAUAAGGGAGUUGGAAGAUGACGUUCGAAUUGUUCGCGUGGAGAAUGACAAACAGAAACUGACAAUCGCACGCUUUCGUGAGAGAUGGGAAAAGCUUAAGGAAUCAUCAAAGCGCAAAAAAGAUGCCAAAGCUGCUGAGGCAGCGAAGAGGGCUGUGGAUGAACUGAUCGUGGAGGAGCCUGAGGCUGAGCAAAUGUUGGAUGAGGGUUCAGCACGCCCGCCGACGUAG